UUCGUCUCCGCCAAAGAAAUUUCUGCAGCUCUCUCCCUCUGAACUUUUUUUUUCUUCGUUGAAAAAUAAUGGGGGCGGGGCGCGAAGUCCCAAUUUCGCUCGACGGUGUAAGGGACAAGAACUUGAUGCAGCUCAAGAAGCUCAACACAGCUCUCUUCCCUGUUCGCUACAACGAAAAGUACUACGUCGAUGUCCUUGCCUCUGGCGAGUUCACUAAGCUAGCAUACUACAGUGAUAUAUGUGUUGGUUCCAUUGCAUGCCGCCUUGAGAAGAAGGAAAAUGGAUCCGUACGUGUCUACAUCAUGACCCUGGGUGUUCUAGCACCGUAUCGUGGAUUAGGCAUCGGUAGUAGACUGUUAAAUCAUGCUCUUGAUCUCUGCUCAAAGCAAAACAUUACUGAAAUCUAUUUGCAUGUUCAGACGAAUAAUGAUGAUGCCAUCAAUUUCUAUAAGAAAUUUGGGUUUGAGAUUACAGAAACCAUUCAGAACUAUUAUGCAAACAUUACCCCGCCAGAUUGCUAUGUUCUUACCAAGUUAAUCACUCAAACUCAGACCAAGAAGUAACCUUUCAACUUGAGUUCAUUCCUGAGUUGUGCCCUACGAAAUUGUUUUGAACCUUCUUUCUACUUUCUGUUAGUCAAUUCGGGUCACAACUAAUAUUUGAUAUUUAAUAUCAUGGGAGCUAGAGGGCUUUUUGACAUGCAAAUUUUGUCCGUCUGGUAAUUGAGUAAAUCUUUCUCUGUGCCUUUUGAAGAUCUUUAGAACAAGUUAAAUUUAUUGUUUUUAUCAAUGAUGGUUACUUUUCGCCCUUAA